UAACAACCUUGCCCACCGGUACUUCCUGGCCACCGACCCAGUGACAGGGCAGCUGUAUGUGUCUGACACCAACUCCAGAAGAAUUUACCGACCCAAGAUGCUCAGUGGGGCCCAUGACCUCUCCAGUAAUGGAGAAGUGGUGGCUGGCACAGGGGAGCAGUGUCCUCCUUUUGAUGAGGCAAGAUGUGGGGAUGGAAGAAAAGCUACAGAGGCACUGCUUCUGGGACCAAAAGGGAUUGCAGUUGAUAAGAAUGGGCUAAUCUACUUUGUGGAUGGAACAAUGAUCAGGAAGGUGGAUCGUAAUGGAAUCAUCUCCACAGUGCUGGGCAGCAACGACCUCACGUCUGCACGACCUUUGACCUGUGAUACCAGCAUGCAUAUCAGACAGGUUCGAUUAGAGUGGCCCACAGAUCUAGCCAUCAAUCCCAUGGAUAACUCCAUUUAUGUCCUGGACAACAAUGUUGUGCUGCAGAUCACUGAAAACGGACAGGUUCGUAUUGUGGUGGGUCGGCCCAUGCACUGCCAAGUACCAGGCAUAGAGUACACCAUGAGUAAGAGAGCGGUGCAAACAAUGCUGGAGGGUGCCUCAGCCAUCGCCUUGUCCUACAGCGGUGUCCUUUACAUCGCAGAGACCGAUGAGAAGAAAAUCCACCGUAUUCGACAAGUAUCAACUGACGGAGAAAUUACCCAUAUAGCUGGUGCAACAUCUGACUGUGACUGCAAGAAUGAUGCCAACUGUGACUGCUAUCAAACUGGAGAUGGUUAUGCUAAAGAUGCCAGACUUAAUUGUCCUUCAUCUUUGGUGGUGUCUCCGGAUGGGACACUGUUUGUGGCUGAUCUAGGAAACAUUCGCAUUCGAGCUGUUCGACGCAACCAGCCACGCACUGGUUCUUUGGCUUCAGGACCCAGGUCCUAUGAAGUGGCCUCUCCAGCCUCUCAAGAACUCUAUGUGUUUGAUGCUAAUGGGACGCACCAGUUCACUCUGUCUCUGGUGACUGGAGACUACAAAUACAACUUCAGCUACAGCAAUGAGGAGGAUGUAACAGCUGUGACGGACAGUAGCGGGAACACUCUUCGGAUUCGGAGGGACACCAACAGGAUGCCUGUACGUGUGGUCGCUCCUGAUAAUCAGGUCAUUUGGCUGACCAUUGGGACUAACGGGGGUCUAAAGUCUCUCACUGCUCAGGGUCAGGAGCUGGUUUUAUUUACUUACCAUGGAAACAGUGGCUUACUGGCAACCAAGAGCAUCCAGAUUGGCUGGUCUACAUUUUAUGACUACGACAGUGAGGGUCGUCUGACAAAUGUGACCUUCCCUACCGGUGUGGUAACCAACCUCCACGGAGACAUGUCCUCAGGAGCUGUUGCAGUGGAUAUAGAGACCUCAGGAAGGGAUGAGGAUGUUUCCAUAACAACAAACCUGUCAUCAGUAGACUCCUUCUACAUUUUGGUGCAGGAUCAGCUUCGGAACAGCUACCAAGUAGGUGAUGACCAUUCACUGAGGGUUGUCUAUGCCAAUGGGAUGGACACCCAUUACCAGACGGAGCCACAUAUACUCGCAGGUGCUGCUAACCCUACGGUUGCUCGACGCAACAUGACCCUGCCAGGAGAGAAUGGGCAGAACCUGGUGGAGUGGAGGUUCAGGAAGGAGCAGACACGUGGAAAAGUCAUUGUUUUUGGGAGAAAGCUGCGGGUAAAUGGAAGAAACUUACUGUCUGUAGAUUAUGAUCGUACGCUGCGAACAGAGAAAAUCUAUGAUGACCACAGGAAGUUCCUGCUAAAAAUCAUCUAUGACACUCAAGGCCAUCCAGCUCUCUGGAUCCCCAGCAGCAAGCUGCUCUCAGUUAACUUGACAUAUUCCAGCACGGGUCAAGUGACAGGUCUCCAGAGGGGUCCAACCACAGAGAGGUGGGAGUACGACAACCAGGGAAGAAUCAUCUCCAGAGUGUUCGCUGAUGGAAAGGUCUGGAGCUACACUUAUCUGGACAAGUCCAUGGUUCUGCUGCUGCACAGCCAGCAUCAGUAUAUUUUUGACUAUGACUCAGGGAACCGUUUGUCUGCGGUCACUAUGCCCAGUGUGGCUCGGCACACCAUGCAAACCAUCAGAUCCAUUGGAUACUACAGAAACAUUUACACUCCCCCUGAAAGCAACGCUUCAGUCACUGUGGACUACUCUGAAGACGGACAGCUCCUCAGAGUGGCCCAUCUAGGCACUGGCCGACAGAUACUGUACAAAUAUCGCAGACAGAACAAGCUGGCAGAGAUUCUUUACGACUCAACACGAGUCAGUUUUACCUACGACGAAACGGCUGGCGUACUUAAGACGGUUAAUUUGCAAACGAGGAUGGAAUGGUGA